CCUCAAAACUGGUUGGAGUCUGCCGGGGACAGUAUGGCACUGAGUGUUGUGUGGUUCAUUACUGCAGCUCUUAGCUUUGUCCAUUUAACACCUUUAACUUCUCUUGAAGAGGAAUACCAUUUCAAACAGUGGAUGCAACAGCACAACAGAGUUUACGACACUGAGGAGUAUUACCACCGGCUCCACGUAUUCACUCACAACAGGAGAAUGAUUGAUCAUCACAAUGCUGGGAAUCACUCCUUCACAAUGGGCCUGAACCAGUUCUCAGACAUGACCUUUGAUGAAUUCAGGAAAUUCUACCUUUGGACAAAACCUCAGAACUGCUCAGCCACUAAAGGGAGUCACGUCAGCAGGACCGGACCUCACCCUGAGUCUGUAGACUGGAGGACGAAGGGCAACUUUGUGACUCCUGUGAAGAAUCAGGGUAACUGUGGCAGCUGUUGGACCUUCUCUACCACUGGUUGUCUGGAGUCAGUAAAUGCCAUCGCUACUGGGAAACUAGUAUCUCUGUCUGAGCAGCAGCUGAUAGACUGUGCCAGAAACUUUGACAACUAUGGAUGCUUGGGUGGGCUCCCCAGCCAGGCUUUUGAGUACAUCAAAUACAACAAAGGUCUCAUGACAGAGGAGGACUAUCCCUACAAAGGCCACGAUGACACCUGCAGUUUUGUUCCGACGCUUGCAGCUGCUUUUGUUCGAGAUGUUGUCAACAUAACAGUUUAUGAUGAAAAGGCCAUGGUUGAGGCUGUGGCCUCGCUCAACCCCAUCACCUUCAGCUUUGACGUCACAGCUGAUUUUAUGCACUACAAGGAAGGAGUCUACUCCAGCACCUGGUGUAAGAACACAUCAGUCAGCGUGAAUCAUGCGGUCUUGGCUGUGGGUUAUGGGACUGAAGAGAACGGCACGCCGUAUUGGAUUGUGAAGAACUCUUGGGGCACAGCCUGGGGGAAGGACGGAUAUUUCUUGAUUGAGCGGGGAAGAAACAUGUGCGGAUUGGCUGCAUGCUCUUCCUACCCUUUACUUUUAGUGUGAGGAGUAACAAAGAGGGAAAAACUCAGGAAAAUGUCACCCAGGGGCCCUGUUAAAGGACUAAACCUGCCUGGACGUGUUCCCUGAAGUGUUUCGUAUAGCCUCUGAAGGUCUGAACUGAAUUAAAGGGGCCCUUAAAACCAUUUCUGGAAGUCCAAUUUCUCAACAGCAUCCUCUUGUACAAAUUUCAAGCCAAAUACAAGAAGAAGGAGGUGUGUCAAGAACUGCCAUUUACAAAAUAAAUGAAGGGACAUGAGCUUCACUUCAGUACAAUCACAAAGAGAUGCUUUCCGACUGCAUUCUUGGACAUUUCGAUACGGUGCAUUGCACUUAAGUUCUAAGUCAUGGCCUGUUAAACACGUAGAAGCAAACAUGACAGAGAGUGUGACCUAAACAGGCUGUCUGUCAUGAUGACGCAGCUUAUGUUCCAUGCAUCAGAGCAAAACACCAUUUUCCAUUCAUUCUGGCUAAUAAAAAUAAAUCAGAUUUCCUCAGUGCAGCCAGGGAUUACUCAUGUGCAUCUGGGGAGCAACUGGGGAUGGUGUGGAGCACAGUUGUUUUUCAUGUAUCUUUUGUACACAAUAUAAAUGUAGUGAUGCUCUUUUAGACAGUUAUCGAUAAUAACUGUGCUUGUACAUACAUUUGAACAUCAGUUUGCAGGACUUCAAGAAACAGCAUUGAGGAAAACAAGUAAACUCUUAUGACAUGCCCACUGAAGGGCAGACAUCCACUGUAUGGGAGCUCAUCCAUGAUUGAAUGGCAUAAUUUUUACUGAGUGGCUCUAGAGAAACAAAAAAAUGUCCUGCAAAGUGAAGAUGCUUUAAUGACCUGCUCAGCUUCAACAAACUCUGCUGAUAGACAUGCACUUAAGGCUUAUUAUGGAGUCAGUUGUUUCCAUUUUUCUGUGUUAUCAAUAAACAAAUUUCUACCGUA